AUGCGUUCCCGAUCAGACUCCGCAACUUCCAAUACCUCCAGUAAGGAGCUGUCCGCAGACAAUAUGGCCAUCCAAGUCACUAUCGGUGGCGGCAAAACCAUCAAAUUGAAUGUUCGUCCAGUCCAUACAGUUUCGAACCUCCUCGAGUUCUUGUCAGCGUCGACCAACCUCCCUGCCGACGUUCGACUCAUGCUAGACGGUCAACCACUCGAUCCUUCCAGCACUGUUGGGGAACUUCAACUGGAAGAGUCAUCAACAUUACAACUUUCCUCCCCAAGCAGGAGCAGCACACCCGUCGAGCAAACAGCACCCUCACAAGAGGAAUCUGUAACAUCUCAACAGCCCGCUACUGUCAAGUCAUCCACACCUUCUACAUCCGGCACCGCCACACCCACGAAGCGAAAGUCCAACAAGCCCCGCUGUUCGAAGGAAGCUUGUAGAGCAGCUGCACAACCCAUUGUCGGCGACUGUGGUUUCUGCCAGAAGCGCUUCUGUGGAAAGCACCGCAUGUUGGAAAGCCACAACUGCGAGGGUCUUGAAGAUGCUCGUCGUGCCGACAAGGAACGAAACACCGCCAAACUCGAGGGUGAAAGGACAGUCAUGCUCCGGGGUUUGUAA